UAAGAACAACAAUAUUAAAAGUAAAUAAAAUCACACUUUAUUGGCAAAUACAAAAGUGAAAUAAUAAAUGUUGCAAUAAAUUAAAAAUUUUCAUAAACAAACACACGUUGUCCAAAAUUCUCAAUAAAAACUAUUAUGAAUGAAAGCAGUAUUCGAAAUAUAAUUGCAUUGAUUUAAUAUAAAUGAAUAAUAAUGUGCUGCAUACAAAAACGUUUAUAAAUUAUAGAAACUAUUAACUCAUCAAUAACAUUAUUGUUUUGUUAACAAAAAUGAUUAUCAAUAUGAAUCAUUCCGAUUCAACGAUAAAAACUGAUGCUAUUGGCAUGUUUAAUUCGUUAUCUUCACUUGAAAGUUUAGAAAGUAAAGAUUCCUCUAUGGACUAUUUGGAGACGACAGUCAUAGAUGGUCAAAUGGCAGAAUUUAAUGAUACACUAAAAAGUAAUGAUACUUUCAGAUUAGAUCCAGUACUUAUAGAACGUUUUACACGUAAUCGCAGUAUAGAUAGUCCUUGGUUUCAUAUACUGAUACUGAUGUACUGUGUUCUUAUAAUAUUUGGUUCAUUGGGGAAUAUGUUGGUGGUUGUGGCCGUUUUACGUAAGCCCAUGAUGAGGACAGCGCGUAAUUUAUUUAUAUUAAAUUUGGCAAUAUCAGAUUUACUAUUAUGUUUGGUAACAAUGCCCUUAACAUUAAUGGAAAUACUAUCAAAAUAUUGGCCAUUUGGUUCAUGUGCAGUUUUAUGUAAAAUGAUUGCAAUGCUACAGGCUUUAAGCAUAUUUGUUUCAACGAUUUCAAUAACAGCCAUUGCUUUCGAUAGAUAUCAGGUUAUUGUUUAUCCAACACGUGAUAGUUUACAAAUUGUUGGUGCUGUCUCCAUAUUAGCUGGUAUUUGGCUUUUGGCACUGCUCUUGGCUUCGCCCCUCUUUAUCUACAAAAGUCUUGUACACGCUGAUAUACCACCGGUUUUACAAGCGCUGGGCAUACACCAUGUAUCUUUCUGUAUUGAAGAUUGGCCAAUGAAUCAUGGACGCUUCUAUUACUCCAUGUUCUCGUUGUGUGUUCAAUAUUUAGUACCAAUACUAAUAGUAUCAGGUGCCUAUUUUGGCAUCUAUAAUAAAUUGAAAAAUCGCAUUACUGUGGUUACCGUACAGACAACGUCAACCCAACGUAAUAUUGAACGUGGCAGACGUAUGAAACGCACAAAUUGUUUACUCAUUAGUAUUGCGAUUAUUUUUGGUGUGUCCUGGUUGCCUUUGAAUUUCUUCAAUUUGUAUGCGGAUAUGAAACGUCCGGCUGUUACCAACGAUAUGCUGGUGAUGUACGCCUUCUGUCACAUGAUUGGUAUGAGUUCGGCUUGUUCGAAUCCCCUGCUGUAUGGAUGGCUGAAUGAUAAUUUCCGUAAAGAAUUUAAAGAAAUAUUAUGCCGUUCUAAAGAAAACACUAAUAUUGCUCUUAAUGGUCAUACAACAGGAGGUGCUCAAUCACGACGGAAAAGGAAACACAAUGACAUAUCCAAAGGUGAUCUGAAGCUAUUAAGCAGUGUUGGUUUUGGUCAGAACGGUGAUGCUGGACGAUUGGGUACAUCCAACAAUAAUACAACAACCAAUGGUUUACGCAGUGCUGUUACCGAGUCGGUGGCAUUAACCGAAAAUCCCAUGUCAACAGAAGUGACAACAUUAGUAAUGCGGUAAAUUUAUUAUGCAUUAGGUAAUAGAUACAGACAAAAACUUGCCAUUACUAAGUAACUUGUUUUCAUAAUGAACAAAAUCCAACUGACAUACAAACAAUACAUUACUUACAUACAUAUAUUCAUACACUUUGAAUAUAAUUUCUGGUGUAUUAAAGCAAAGAAAAAUAAUUUAAUAAAUGGAAAAAUAAUUUUUUAACUAACAAAGAAAACCAACACUUUUUAUCAAUAACAUCGCUGAACAUUAAAACAAGUUAGCAUUAUUUUUAUUAUUUAAAAAUAAUA